CCUGUUUAUGUCAUUUCCCUCGUCAUUUUCUCACCAAUUACUCUCUUUACUAAAAAAUUAUAGCAAAAAGCAGGUUAUAUGGAAACCAAUUACUACACGGUGCAUUCAAUUCCUUUUAACAUAAAAGCAACAAAAAAAAAUAACGUUUAUAAAAAUAUAGCGUUUCACUGUGAAUCUCACAGGUACGAUCUGCCCCCUCGCGGACUACAGGGUAAUUACAUCUCCGAAGUUUAAUUUUCAUUUUGACUCAAUUGUCUUUCUUUCUUUUGUAAAAUCUGUUUUACGGUGCUAGCUUAGCUUUAGCUUUAUCGCCGUGACCCCAUUCCUAAUUUAGCUUGGAAACAUAUUUUCAUGCUCAUGGUCUAUUUCAUCUCAGACUUUUUUGAAGAGGACUCCGGUCCCAGGCGUGCUUUGGACGUCUGAGCCCCCGUCGGGUGCCGUAUCAUACUGCCUACAUCACAGCCCGUGGGUGUGGGUGUGUGUGACCUAAGAAGAAGUCAAACAGGUUGGACUUGUCUCCGGACCAUGGCUCCUGGCAGGACCUGUGCUCAUGGAAACUGGGAAGGCUGUUUUUUUUUUUUAUUCUUUUAGUUUUGUUUUGUUGAGGUUUCUCUUUCUGGGAAUCUUUGCACGUUUAAAAUCCGUCGGCGGGAAACGUUGGUCAUUUAGAUCCGAGCAGAGGAGAGACAGCCCGGGUUGGGUUCAACAAGCCGCAACAUGACUGGCAGCGAAAUUACUUCGGCGCGGAGAGGAGUGUGCGUCUGACUUGGAGGUUGUUAAAGGGGACCGGCAGGAGACGGGACAGUAGAGGUAGACGGGUAUAUGAGUCAGUAAUAGACGAGUCUUUGUUUUGUCAAGUACAAAGCAAAAAUAUCUCUGAGCCGUUUUUGCGUCUUGCGCGCUCAGUCGUUCCCACAGCGGGCGAUGCCGGUGGCACUGUGGCGCACAGGACUGGUGCUCGGCUUCCUCGGCUUCCUCGGCUUCUGCGCCUGUCUGGAGCAAGACUGUGUCCUCGGCAUGGUCGGGCGGCCGGUCUCACUGCCCUGCUUUUACCCGGAAUUGUCAACUUUUGCGAAUUUCUCCGUUGAGUGGAGGAGAGAUGAUGAAGUGCUGCUCAGAGCGGAGUGGGAAGAGGAUGGCGUUGUGGGGGAAUGGAGCACCGAGAGCGCAGCAAUCUCCGCUGACGCUGCGCUGACCGGAAACUUGUCUUUGGAACUGCCCACAGUUGAUCCCAAAGAGGACCAGUCCUACUAUAGCCUGUUCAUCAUUUCAGGGGAGAAUCAAAGUGCUCCUCUGUGCACUGUGUGCCUCAAAAUAGCAGCCAGUUUCAGCCCCCCACUGCUGCAGAGGGAAGAAGCAGAGCGGGAAGAUGAGACGGCCUUCCUGUGUCACUCCAGCGGUGGCUUUCCGGAGCCUGCUGUUUACUGGCUCAUUAAUGACACCGAGGAGCCCCCUGAAGGUUCCGUGAGGACCCUGGCAGCAUCCCUCCCAGACUCCCGUCUCUACAACGUCACAAGCCACCUGAUGGUCAACAUUUCCAAAGACUCCAGAGUGUCGUGCAUCAUACAGAACCUGUCCAUGAACCAAACCUUGACAUCCACCAGCUAUGGAGUGCGGGGCAGCCCGCCGGUUAGUCGAGCAUCCAAGGCCAUGUGGAUCUUCAGCACAGCUCUCUGUGUGGUGGUUGGGGUCAUGGUGAUUGCGGGAGUGGCCUAUCAGAUCCACCUGGACAGGAUAAGUAAGAGGAAGAAGGACGAAUACAAUCGGAAACACCUGAAAAGAGGAUACAAAAGACGACAUCUGUAUAGGGAGGAGACCGUAGCGAUGAAGCCAGAGCCAGAGGAGACUGAUGUUUAAAAUCUCGAGGUGAUAAAUCUUCCUCAACUGUCACUUUUUAAGCCUUAGGCAACAGAGCACUGAUUUAUAAACAUGUAUUUGUUGUAACCACUGCGUUCACCACCUAAAUAUUUAAUACAGAACAUGUAGAUGU